CUAAGAAGAUGGCUUGUGAGAACUAUGACCCUUGUUUUCCAGACCAACCAGUAGUGCACCUCUACCUUCCAAUAUGGGCAAACCAACCAUCUUUCAAGUCUAAAUCAGCCUUCGUUUGGGUUGAGGACACCAAUGAGUCCUUAACAAGCUCAUCAAUCUCUUACUCUGAGCUCAACUCUUCAGUCCAAGCCAUUUCAUCUCAUCUCCUUCAAACUCUUCACAAAGGUGACACCAUCCUCAUCCUCUGCAAACCUAGCAUCCAAUUAAUCACUAUCCUCUUUGCAUGCCAACGUGCCGGUCUCAUCGCCGUGCCGAUCAUACCUCCAAACAUGUCGGCAAAGCCGGGGCCUUCCCAUUUCCAUCUUUUCCAUGCACUCUCUCAAACCAAACCAGUUGCUGCCAUAGCCAACCCUAGUUUCAUCUCCUCCUUGUCAUCAUACCCUCAAUUUGAGAACCUCCAAUGGUUCUCUUCUGAUGAAUUAGAGAACAAUAUAAGUUUUUCAGACCAUGAUGGAUGUGGAGAAGAAGAUGUGUACUUAAUCCAGUACACUUCGGGUGCCACCGGAGUACCAAAACCGGUCUUAGUGACAGCCGGAGCAGCCGCACAUAACGUCCGAACAGCAAGAAGAGCUUAUGAUCUUCAACCAAGCAGUGUCAUCGUUUCAUGGUUGCCACAAUACCAUGACUGUGGUCUCAUGUUCCUCUUGCUCACCGUCAUCACUGGAGCUACAUGUGUGCUCACCUCUCCGGCCAACUUCUUGAACCGGCCCCGGCUUUGGCUUGAACUCAUAACUGAGUUUAAGGCAACAUGCACUCCAGUCCCUUCCUUUGCACUGCCUCUUGUUGCAAAGAGAGGGAAUAUAAACCAUGGAAAGUUCAAGCUUGAACUCAAACUCUCUAGUUUACGUAACUUGAUUCUCAUCAAUGAACCUAUAUAUAAAUCUCUAGUUGAAGACUUCAUCAAUGAGUUCUCCAAAGUUGGUUUGAAGCCAUCUUCAAUCUCUCCAUCUUAUGGCCUUGCAGAGAACUGCACCUUUGUCUCCACGUCGUGGGAUUCCCAUGCAGAUCAAGAUAAUCACUUCCCUAACAUGCAAUCAUACAAGAAAUUACUACCUUCAGCGAAACUAGGAUCAUUCUCAUCAAAUGAAACAGCUGAUAUUGAUAUCAUCGUCGUCGAUGAGGAAACAAGAGAGCUUGUGGAGGAUGGGGUUGAAGGAGAGAUAUGGGUUUCAUCAGCAAGCAAUGCAGUAGGUUAUCAUGGGCAUCCAUGCAUGACUAGGGAGGUGUUCCAUGCAAGGAUUGAAGGAAGGAUAAGCAAAUGUUACCUGAGAACAGGUGAUAGGGGAGUUAUAAAAGGUGAAAAUAGGUAUGUUUAUAUAAUGGGUAGAGUGACUGAUGUUAUUAAGGUUGAUCAAAGAUGGAUACACCCACAUUAUCUGGAAACUAUAGCUUAUAAGAGCAAUGCAAAGUGGUUGAGAGGUGGAUGUAUUGUUGCUUUUGGUGUGGAGAUUCCAAGGAAGAGUGGUGUGGUGAUCAUGGUGGUGGCUGAGUUGGCUCAAAAGAAUGGAAAUGGUGAUGAGUUGAGAAACAUAUGUAGAAGGAUAAAGGGAGAUAUAUGGGAAGAAGAAGGAGUGGAAGUUGGGGUUGUGGCUUUGGUGAGGAGUGGGAGUGUUGCAAAGACUACUUCAGGGAAAGUGAGAAGGUGGAUGGUGAAAGAUGAGAUGAUGAGAGGGAGAUUGAGGGUGGUUUAUACGGAAGAGUAUUUGGGGGAGGAUGAGAUGAAGGAGGGAGAGGGAAAGAGGGUGUCUUUGCUAUCAUUUCUUUAAGAGUGUUUGUGUGAUUAAGGAAUUAUGUGCUUAGUUUUAGUGUUUGAUAUUUAUGCUAUGUGAUUCGAACCAUGUUUGAAAGG